AGUUUUAUAUAUACUAUCCAUAUCCACCCGCCGGCUCGUUCCAACUGUUACCUAAGCCAAAGUUAUUCUUGUAACCAAAACACACGGGUUUCGACUACAACGCAUUCGAGUGCUAGCGCUCAACGAGUAAUAAUGGUCAGAGCGAAAUAUUGUUUUUAAAAAAUUACGUCAUACAAAUAUCGAAUUACUUUUCAAUCUAAAAAUAUCCCUGGUGAACAUUUUUGAUAUUAAGACGUUUUACAUCGAAAUUUUUAAGUUUGCAUUUUGGCGAAAAUAUUUGUUACGUGUUCGUUACGGAAGUUUGCUUAAAAACUCUGGUGAAUUUUGAACUCAAAAUAGUGUCUGUUGGUUUUUUUAAUUGUUGUGUUGCCGUGCGGGUCGCAGAAAUAAAUUGGUGAUAUGGCACAAUUAAUAUCAGUUCGAUUAAAUCGAGGAGAUGCUUGUCCGUGGGGAUUCAGACUCCAGGGUGGCAAAGAUUUCGGCACUCCUUUGGUUAUUCAGAAGGUGAACAGCGGAAGCCCGGCCGAGCGAGCUGGUCUGCAAGCAGGCGACGCUGUCAUCAAGGUGAAUAACACAGACGUCUAUAAUCUGAGACACAAGGACGCGCAAGACGCCAUCGUGCGCGCCGGACAAUCCUUUGAGGUGACAGUACAAAGAGGAGGCUCAACAUGGCAACCACAAGUAGUUCCAACUGGAGUUGCUCCAAAACCAUCACCAUUAGGUUCUUAUGUGUCACCAGUGACCAAAACUUCUUUGGCCGCCAAACCCCAAGAUCCCAUGCACAUCGGAUCCGGACACAACAAUAAGGCUAAACCAUUUGCAAGUUUAAAUGGAACCGGCCCUAAGAACUUAGUAAAUAAACAAUACAACACUCCAUUGAAUAUCUAUAGUGAGCAAACUAUCAAGGAAACAUUAGACAAACACUCUGAAGUGCUCGAAACCGGUGUAGUAGGAGUGAACUUUAAGAAAAACGAAAAAAUCUAUAAUGCAGCAAAUAGUGAGGUGUUCAAAAUGCUACAGGAAGCUGAUAACGAACCCGAAAAAGUAGCCCCGAUUAGUCCAGUGCAUGUCACAGCUCCCUCUUCGGAUCAUUCUCACCAGCCUAUGGCGUCCCCGGCUGCACCAGUUUCUGGAUUGCGUCACGUGUCGGCUCCAGUCGAUCGCCCCGCGACAAACAACACCGGCGGUCUGCCGGCCGGGCAGAAUAUCUGCGCUGAUUGCGAAAGACUCAUCGUGGGUGUGUUCGUGCGCAUAAAGGACAAGAACUUACAUGUUGAAUGUUUCAAAUGUGCAACUUGCGGUACAAAUUUGAAGAACCAGGGAUACUACACCAUUCAUAAUAAAUUAUAUUGCGAUAUUCACGCCAAGCUCGUUGCUCGCCAAAAUCCACCAGCUGGUACCGAAGGAUGCAUUCCAUUCACCGUGCCACCCGGCGGAAAAAUUCCGGUGAGCGCUAUCUCCGCAGCUCUGGCUGCCCACUCGUCUCAUCCACUUAAUGGAGGUAUGGCACCACCUAAGGACCAAGCUCCCUCUACUCCGGGAUAUGCACCAGUUUCAGCACCAACAUGCACCAAUCUGUGUGUUCAAGUGUCUCCUUCGGCCGUCAAUGAUACUAACCAGCCUAACCAGGUUACAUACGAAUCCAACCUUCUAGUACAGAUUGCUCCCAACGAUCCCACAUAUACUAAUGACGAAACUUUAGAGAAACAACGGAAAUUGAAUUCACCAAAAAGCUCACUUGUGAACUAUGUGAAAAUUACUCCGUAUAAUAACAACCAUGAAACUAGAAAUUCACCUACCUCGAUUGAGCACAACACAUCUCCUAAAUCAGAAACUAAUACAUCCCCGAAUGGCACUGUAAUUAAUGGAUAUAGAAAAGUUUUGCCACCAAAUCAAGGUGGAUCGUAUAAGCUGUCUGGUAACUUAUCCGGUCCUAAGCCAUACAGUUUUGGGGCACCCCAGGCUUCUCCUUUGAGUCCAGUUUCUGCCCCACUAUCACCAUAUAGUGCUCCACUGUCACCAUUGGUUUCUCAACAACAACAAGGAAAAUUUCCUACAACAAAACCUGGAGUAGGAUUUAAAGAUACACCAAGUUAUGUUCCGGCCUCGGAUAUAGCACCAAUUUAUACUAGUUUCCAACCUAUUCAAACAUUUAGUAAAACUGACAAGGGCAAGAAUAUACCAGUUCAUAAACCAUUUAGUCCCUUAUCUCCAACAAAGCCAGUUGUUGAAUCACCUGCUUCACCUAAAACCUCAGUUCCUUUCAAGCGCACAUUAUCUUUUCCUCCUCCAUUACCGGAUGAAAUCAUCAAUACUGAUGCACAAGCAGAAAGUACUGAAUCAUAUAAAACCCAAGUUCGUGCACCAAGCACCCCAAUUACGAACGAGAGCAAGAUUCCGCUAUACAUGAACAUCGCUCCACGACCCGCAAGUACGACGCCGAAGAAUUUUAUUCCUUCCGUUUUACCAGUUUACCAGACGAAUGUUGUUUCUACCGAACAUCGCGGGGUGCAAUCAAAUGUAUUCAUACCGAAAGCAGCAAAAGGUUUUGAAAAUAAAUAUAAUAAACCAUCAAGCGAAAUUCAUGUAACUAAUCCAGAUAUCGGCUCUCUCAAUUAUGACACGGGGUGUGAAACUUAUCAAGAAGAAUCGAAAGUACAUCAUGAUUAUGAUAAAUUAACAGGACUUCGUAGAACUACAAACGUUCAAGAGAGUAUGAGACAUAAAGAGCACAAUAGGCAACAAACAAGCAAUACAAGUAAAGUUGAAACGAGCCCCAAUAUGAUAAAAACUAUUGAACGCAGACAUACUGUUAAGGAAGAAUAUGAACAUACUCAAAAAGCAAAAACUAUUGAAAUUCGCACAGGUCCUGACGGAAAAGUAGUAAAACAGGAAAUAUCACACCCAUCUCCAACAGUUUUAUCAUUCCCGCCUCCUAACUUGUCUUCCAAUCCGUCUCAACAAUUUGGCCAAUCCACUGUCAACAAACACCACCAAACGCUUUCUCAGUCGCAUCAAUUGGCAUCUUCAUCAUUUACAUCUGCAUAUGGUCCGCAAUCUUUGAAUCAGUGUACAUUGCCCCAUAAGACGGGAUUCCCUACAUUAAAAUCCCCCGGUGUAUCAUCAACGGCCAAAACCAUAUCCAAUCCUUUGGUUUGUGACCCGACCCCUCCCGGUGCAGGUGGUGUUAGUGCUCCCAAGGGCGGUGCGUUCGGAGUGUCGACGGCCCCAAAGAGAGGACGAGGUAUCUUAAAUAAAGCAGCAUUGACCGGAUCUAGGGUGCCAUUAUGCGGUCAUUGCAACUCUUACGUGAGAGGACCAUUCAUAUCAGCUCUAGGACGUAUCUGGUGCCCCAGUCACUUUGUUUGCUCGAACGGCACAUGCAAAAGGCCACUUGCCGACAUUGGAUUCGUUGAAGAACAAGGGCAAUUGUACUGCGAGUACUGCUUCGAACAGUAUAUUGCACCACCUUGCGACAAAUGCCAUGCCAAAAUCAAGGGGGAUUGUUUGAACGCAAUUGGCAAACACUUCCACCCUGAAUGCUUCAACUGCGUUUAUUGUGGCAAACUUUUUGGAAACAAUCCAUUCUUUUUGGAAGACGGACAACCCUAUUGUCAAGCAGACUGGAACGAGAUGUUCACAACCAAAUGCUUUGCUUGCGGCUUUCCUGUGGAAGCUGGCGAUCGCUGGGUUGAAGCUUUGUCUAAUAAUUACCAUAGCCAGUGCUUCAAUUGCACCAUGUGUAAGAAAAAUUUGGAAGGACAGAGCUUCUACGCUAAGGGCGGACGUCCUUUCUGCAAAAACCACGCACGCUAAGCUUUUUAAAAUACUUUAAGCUAAAACAGACGUUGUAAUGAAUGGAAAAAUGUGAAGGAUGAAUUACAUUCUAAUAAAAAUGAUUUUAAAAUAUCAUGCUACGCAUAUCAUCUAUUAUAUGUAUGUGAUUAAUGCCGAAAUCUGCACAGCAAAACAAAAACCAAAACAUUUAUGUAAACUAGAAUCAAUAUUUGCUUGUGUAAUUGCAUAUUUAUUUUGAUAGCCCAAUAUAGAAUAGAUCGACUUCGAAAUUACGAAUUACAUACACACAUGUAUAUAUAUAUAUAUAUAUAUAUAUAUAUAUAUAAU